AGUUUUCUUCAUGGCUGACUGCUUACGACAUCCUUGUAGCGCGAUAAACGCGUAAAGAUAUUUCCUAGGAGUUAAAGAUCGUAACAGGAGCAGUGGAAGGUCUUAAUGAUAUAGAGUUUUCUUGCAAUUGGUAAUUAGUAAACGAAGUCUGGUUAUUUUUUGGCAGAUGAGGCAGGAGUACAUAGGGAUUCAUAUUUCUGUCUUUUCGCGUGUGACACUGUUUACUCGACCUCUGCCAAUAUCAUGCAGUGUGAAGUAUUCAUUUAAUAAAAGUAGCUCUUAUCUCUUUCAAAGCGCAAUUCAUGCAAAGUAUAUCAGACGCUCUCUAAGAUGUACUUGAGAAAUUGACUAAACAAAAAAAAGUCAAAAAGAGAAGGAAAAAUUGAAGCAACGUGAAUGUACGCCUGGGCUUAGCUAAGGGUUAGGUUGUCACUGGGGCAAAUACCGACGUCUCGAGGCGAUUUCGCUUUAAAAUCAACAGCGAAAAUAGUGCCUGCGUCAAAGGAAAAAGGUGGAGUAAUCUUCUAUUGAUAUUGAAAUUUAGACAUUUAAGAAGGAAAAGGAGGGCCGUAAGCAGCUUGCGGAAGUCCGGCCUGUAUGCCUUUUUGAAAAGGUGGUCAACUAAUAUCUCGGUUGAUCAAAGUGUAGAUCAACACAUUACAGAAACGGUCAUAGUUUAAUCUCCGAGAAGUGGGAUUGUUGGAAAAAUGGCGAAUCCAUCAAACGACUCGAUACCUUUGAAUUCAAGAGAUAUUUUAAAUGUGGCCAUCGAAGGAGGUCUGAUGUUGAUUAUCAGUUCUGUUGCAAUCAUGGGAAACUUACUGAUUUGUUUUCUUACGUUUAUCAAUCCACGACUUCAUACAGUAUCCAACGUGUUUGUCGUAUCUUUGGCUAUAUGCUACAUGUUUGCGGCAUGCCUUGUCCUACCUACCACAGCUGGCAGCCUCUUAGCGGGAAGAUGGCCAUUUGGUCAAGUCUUAUGCGACAUUCAGGGAUUCACUUUUUUGAAUUUCAUUUGGGUGUCUCUGUUGACGUUGACAAGUAUGGCGGCAAGCCGAUAUUUCAAGUUCACUCAUGUGGCAUUUUACAAAAAGGGCUUCACUCUUGAUCGAUCCAUUGGAAUGAUUAUGGUUGUGUGGGUCCUUGCUGCUGCGUUAUUGGUCGCUCAAAUAGCAUUUGGGUCGGCCAUUUUUAGAUUUUCUUCAGAGAAAUCAGUCUGUUACAUGUCCUCUAGCAAUGAAAACCAUCGUGAAAACAUCACCAACUCAGUAAUAACGAUGGUGCUUUACACAAUGCUGCUCAUUAUGUCGGUUAAUGCAUGGUAUUCGAUCAGAAGACAAGACACAUACAAUUGCUCUUCACCUCAACUGGAAAGAACAAACACUAAAACUGAGAUUGAGUUCAAAACUCUGCUGGAAGAGAGAAGAACAAAUCAAGUGUUGUUGGCAAUGGUGGUGGAGGUUCUUUUGCUAUGGUUGGCAGCUAUUAUAAUUCAGCUGUUAGAGCUUUCAACCCAGUCAGCUAGCUUUUCACGUCAUGUUCAUCUGGCCACUACGUUUCUUUGGAGCAUUGUUCCUGCCCUUCAUCCCAUCACAUAUGGCAUCUUAUCCAAACCGUUUGCAAGGGAAGCGAUACGAAUUUUGCCCCGGUUGCCACGAUCGAGCCUGCGUAGGAAUAAGGUGCACGCUGAACAGGCCGAACAAGCCGUGUAAUUCACCAUGAAUCAAGUCG